AUGCAUUUUUUGAAAUUAGUUCCCAAAAUUAAUUAAUUGAAAAUAAUGCUCAGUUCAGUUUCCAAAUUAUUCUAAUUUUUUACAACAAAAGAGUCUUCAUUUUCCCCAAUUUCGGGAAAUCAGCAAAUGAAAAAUUUAAGCCUAUAAAAUCGAAUGAUCAAAUCGAUCAAAUACACCGUUAUUCACUAGAUCAAGUCGCUGAAAAAAUUCAAAAUCAUCUGGAGGCAUAAAUGCACUCAUAGUUAUACUCUCACUCGCCGCCGGUAUCCACCGCAGAACCGCCGAUGAGUUCCACGGUUUCAAUCAAGACACUGUUGGCCGCCAGCGGCGGCGACACCUUGAAGCUUUUUGACCUAUCGCUGGAGCCUCGGGAUACAUGCAUUCUCUCCUACACUCCCACGCCGGGAUUUCAAGUUAAUUCCGUCAAGUGGAACCACACCAAUUUGGUGGUCGCAAGUGCUGGAGAUGACAAGAGGAUAUCUCUGUGGAGAAAGAACGGCCAGUCAAUUGGGACAAUUCCGGCAGCAGGAAGUGACUGUGGUGAUGGUAUCGAGGAAUCCAUUGCCACCAUCAAUUUCAACAACAAAGGGUCUAGGUACCUUUGUUCUGGGGGAAGUGGUCAAAUUGUUAGAAUCUGGGAUUUGCAGCGGAAAAGAUGCAUUAAAUGGUUGAAAGGUCACAGUGGCACAAUAAGUGGUGCGACGUAUAACUGCAAAGAUGAGCACUUAGCUUCUAUAAGCCUUAAUGGGGAUCUUAUGCUUCACAACCUUGCUUCUGGUGCUAGAGCUGCGGAACUCAAGGAUCCUCAUGGGCAGGUUCUUAGAGUGCUUGACUAUUCAAGGACUAGUAGACAUUUGUUGGUUACAGCCGGUGAUGAUGGAUCUAUUCACCUUUGGGACACUACUGGUCGCACCCCUAAGGCUUCUUGGUUAAAGCAACAUUUGGCCCCAACUACUGGCAUUAGUUUUUCGCCAUCAAAUGAUAAGAUUAUCACUAGCGUUGGUUUGGAUAAGAAGCUGUACACUUUUGACGUAGGGUCUAGGCGCCCAGCAUUUUUCAUUCCUUAUGAGGCACCGUUUUCUUCACUUUCAUAUACAGAUGAUGGAUUAACACUCGCAGCUGGGACGAGCAGUGGCCAGAUUGCAUUAUAUGAUAUUCGUGGGAAAUUACAACCUUUGACUGUUCAACGCGCCUAUGGACAUUCUGAGGCUGUCACCAGUCUAUGUUGGCAAAGAUCAAAGCCUAUUGUCGUAAAUGAAAACAACUGCACCCCUGAUAUAGCUCUUUUGGGAACUGCAGUUGAGGAUUCAGUCUUAAUGCCUGAUCCACUACCUGCACUUACUUCAUCAGCCCUUUCAACAUCCACAGCAGUAUCAAACUCCCGAAACCCUGGUCGUUCAGGUCCAUCUGUGGACCCAUUACCUUUUCUACCAGGAGGUAGUGUGCCCGCCUCGAGCUCACUCUUUACACCUGAGGAAUCGCCGGUUAGAAAUGAUUCGUGGAAGGGUGGCGGAGCUUUAGGGAGACUACAUGCUCCUCGUUAUAAUAUUAAAGAUGAUAUGGAAGUGUUCUCUCCACUUGUUGAUGUUCAACCAAUGACACCAUCAAUUGAUAAGCUAUGGGAUGAGCAUGGCAUUGUAAAGAAUGAUAGUGAGAAGAGCACAUCAUUUUCAUUCCCUUCUGCUAGGAGGUUCCCUCUACUAGAUGAAGGCGGGACUGAUAAGCCAUCAGCAUUUGAUUGGAAAUCUAGUUCAGUAUCCAAUAAGGAUGACAUCCGUUCUCUUUCACACUUGCCUUCUGCUGCACCUACUGUAUCUUCCCAGCCUGAUGCCUCUUUAUCAAUAACUCCUCCGGAAGCUUGGGGUGGUGGUGAGAGAUUUUCUGACAGGGCCCACCUUCGUCAAUCCCGGUUCGCAGUGCCCACUCCCAGUAGCCUUGCAUCCGGAACAAUAUUUUCUGCAUUACAAAAUACUUCAUCAUCACUCUCCAGCCUGAGCUUGGAUAGUUUGCGUGUCAGGGAAAUUUCAAAGGAAGUAACUUCUUCUUCAGAAGCUCCAGAAAAUGUCCCCUCAAGCUCUGCUCCUUUUUCCUUUGCCACAAGAGGCUUAACUGGACAGGGUAGUCUGGACUCUCUUGGCCCAGCAUUACCAUCCAUUCCUCGGAAAGUUUCCAGUUAUGCAGAGAGAAUAAGCAGUAUCAGUGAUGGGACACUGUCGGUUGGUUCACCCAAAAUUAAGAAAACCGGAGCUGAAACGAGGGAUGAGCUUUUACAGAGCUUAUUGUCAAGGCCUGAUGUUUCUUCAUCACCCAAAGCAACCAGUGUUUUCCAAUCAAUGAAUGUACCUCUGAAAAACAACGUUUCUCUGCCUGAUAGUCAGCAGCAGCAGCAGCAGGGAAGUUCAUUUUCUCUCCAGCUAUAUCAACGCAGUCUUGAAGAAGCGCUCGAGGCAGCCCUCAAACCCGUUCUCGCGGCCAUUAGAGACCUGCACAUUGAUCAUUUAAGAGAAUCUCACAUGCGCGACGUAAGAAUGGCUGAACUGGAGGGCGAGAUUAAAGCACUCCGGGAAAAUCAAGCGGAGCAUUUGAGACAAUAUCAGUUAAUUAGCAAAGAAAAUCAAGAACUCCGCCAACACUUGUUUUGAUUGGUUUAGGAGGACAUAUCCUCUGUCCCAAAGGUAAGAUCUCAACUAUUAUAGUUGGACGAGAUAUGUUCCUAGAAAACUGGAAGGGUGUUUUUGAAUGUUCAAUACUCUUUCUCUAUCUUCUUUUUUUUUAUCCAAGUUGCCAAUUGUACUUUCUCUUUUUAUAAUUUUAAGUUUCUAAUUGUGUUCAUUCCCUGCAACAAUUCAAGCAAAGAGUGUUCACUAACCAAUUCAAACCAAUACAUCACUAUGCAUACU